GAGUCAUCGAGUCGCGUGGCCGGGUCCGGAAGCUGAGGGGUGGUCUUGCGCCCGGCCUGCCGUCUGCGCUGCCUUCGGCUCCCGCCUGCGAGGCGUGGAGGGGGCGUCGGACCGGCGUCUGGAACUCUAUUUUAAGAAUCUCUUAAAACGAGAAAAACAAGUUAUGGAGAAGAAUGGGAAGAACCGAAAGCUUCGGGUUUGCGUUGCUACUUGCAAUCGUGCUGAUUAUUCUAAACUUGCCCCGAUCAUGUUUGGCAUUAAAACAGAACCUGAGUUCUUUGAACUUGAUGUGGUGGUACUUGGCUCUCACCUGAUAGACGACUAUGGAAACACAUAUCGCAUGAUUGAACAAGAUGAUUUUGACAUUAACACCAGGCUACACACGAUCGUUAGAGGGGAAGAUGAGGCAGCUAUGGUGGAGUCAGUAGGCCUGGCCCUAGUGAAGCUACCAGAUGUCCUUAAUCGCCUGAAGCCUGAUAUCAUGAUUGUUCAUGGAGACAGGUUUGAUGCCCUGGCUCUGGCUACCUCUGCUGCCUUGAUGAAUAUCCGAAUCCUUCACAUUGAAGGUGGGGAAGUCAGUGGGACCAUUGAUGACUCUAUCAGACAUGCCAUAACAAAACUGGCUCAUUAUCAUGUGUGCUGUACCCGAAGUGCAGAGCAACACUUGAUAUCCAUGUGUGAGGACCACGAUCGCAUCCUUUUAGCAGGCUGCCCUUCCUAUGACAAACUUCUCUCUGCCAAGAACAAAGACUACAUGAGCAUCAUUCGGAUGUGGUUAGGUGAUGAUGUAAAAUGUAAAGAUUACAUUGUUGCACUACAGCACCCUGUGACCACUGACAUUAAGCACUCCAUAAAAAUGUUUGAAUUAACAUUGGAUGCACUUAUCUCAUUUAACAAGCGGACCCUAGUUCUGUUUCCAAAUAUUGAUGCAGGGAGCAAAGAGAUGGUUCGAGUGAUGCGGAAGAAGGGCAUUGAGCAUCAUCCCAAUUUUCGAGCAGUUAAACACGUCCCAUUUGACCAGUUUAUACAGCUGGUUGCCCAUGCUGGUUGUAUGAUUGGGAACAGCAGCUGUGGAGUACGAGAGGUGGGAGCUUUUGGAACACCCGUGAUCAACCUAGGAACACGUCAGAUUGGAAGAGAAACAGGAGAGAAUGUCCUUCAUGUCCGGGAUGCUGAUACCCAAGACAAAAUAUUGCAAGCGCUGCACCUUCAGUUCGGUAAACAGUACCCUUGUUCAAAGAUAUAUGGGGAUGGAAAUGCCGUUCCAAGGAUUUUGAAGUUUCUCAAAUCUAUUGAUCUUCAAGAGCCACUACAAAAGAAAUUCUGCUUUCCUCCUGUGAAGGAGAAUAUCUCUCAAGAUAUUGACCAUAUUCUUGAAACUCUAAGUGCCUUGGCUGUUGAUCUUGGUGGGACGAACCUCCGAGUGGCAAUAGUCAGCAUGAAGGGUGAAAUAGUUAAGAAGUAUACUCAAUUCAAUCCUAAAACCUAUGAAGAGAGGAUUAAUUUAAUCCUGCAGAUGUGUGUAGAAGCUGCAUCAGAAGCUGUAAAACUGAACUGCAGAAUUUUGGGAGUAGGCAUUUCCACGGGUGGCCGUGUAAAUCCUCGGGAAGGAAUUGUGCUGCAUUCAACCAAACUGAUUCAAGAAUGGAACUCUGUGGACCUCAGGACCCCCCUGUCUGACACUUUGCAUCUCCCUGUGUGGGUGGACAAUGAUGGCAACUGUGCUGCCCUGGCAGAGAGGAAAUUUGGCCAAGGAAAGGGCCUGGAAAACUUUGUGACACUUAUCACAGGCACAGGAAUUGGCGGGGGGAUCAUCCAUCAGCAUGAAUUGAUCCAUGGGAGCUCCUUCUGUGCUGCAGAACUUGGCCACCUUGUCGUGUCUCUGGAUGGGCCUGAUUGUUCCUGUGGAAGCCAUGGGUGUAUUGAAGCAUAUGCCUCUGGAAUGGCCUUGCAGAGGGAAGCAAAAAAACUGCAUGAUGAAGACCUGCUCUUGGUGGAAGGGAUGUCAGUGCCAAAAGACGAAGCCGUCGGUGCGCUCCAUCUCAUCCAAGCUGCAAAACUUGGCAACGUGAAGGCCCAGAGCAUCUUGAGAACAGCUGGAACAGCUUUGGGUCUUGGGGUUGUGAACAUCCUCCACACUAUGAAUCCUUCCCUUGUGAUCCUCUCUGGAGUCCUAGCCAGUCACUACAUCCACAUCGUCAAAGACGUCAUCCGCCAGCAAGCCUUGUCCUCGGUUCAGGAUGUAGACGUGGUGGUUUCGGAUUUGGUGGAUCCGGCCCUGCUUGGUGCUGCCAGCAUGGUCCUGGACUACACAACUCGCAGGAUCUACUAGGCCUCCUGGGAGCAGACAUGACCAAGACUCAAGAGCUCCUUAGUGGAGUCAGGCUGUCUCUUAGAUGAGCAUUUCUUAAAAAGCAAAUUUGGUAUUUGGAAGGCGACUUUGGCAGAGAGGUUUUUGCUUUUAGUCUUCUCUUCCAAAGUCACCUUUCCCUAUCUGCAUUUUUGUAGAUGAUGCUCUUCCUGGGGUCAUUUCAGCUCAAACCCUCUAUGUAUCAGUCACAAUUUUCUGUGCAAAAAGGAGCUAAAAUAGUAGACGAGGAAGCCUCAGGACCCUGCUUACUAGAUGUACCACUGAGACCUGCAGGCCUUGCUUGGGAUGUGACCUAGAUACUGUAGUUUGGAUUAUUCAUCUUUCCUCUCACCCUAAACUCAGAUCACAGAGAGGAAUCCAGUCAGGGAACAGAAGGAAAUCUCACCAUGAAAGGCUUAUGUACGCUUUUUUUAAAAACAGCUUUACUGAGGUAUUUUUUAGGUGCACAAUUUGAUAAGCUUUGACAUAUGUAUAUACCUGUGAAACCACAAUCAAGACAUUGGACACAUCUGUCACCCCCAAUAUUACUUGUUGAAAGAUGUUAUUUGUUAUUACUCUCGCAGAACCUUAAGCAACUUUAGACCUGGGAUCUGAAUUGCAGUGGCCUUAGUGACCUUGUCCUUACCUUCUUAAGGACAGCUGAGAAGCCACUAGGACUUAAAGCCUCUGAAACGAGAUUAUCUGUUCUAACAGGAUCUUUGCUACUGACAAGCAGACACCUCUCCCUUCAGUAGCUUUUCAUACUACAUUGAAUGUGACCCUGGAGUGUCUACUAAGGUGGUGUUUGUGUGUGUCAUACCCAGAGCUCACAUCUGUGAAUCUGGAUUCUGGCUGAAUAAGACUCCGUGCUUUCUCUGGUGUCAAGAUACAAAGGCGAAGGUUCUUGCUACCAAUUGCAACUUGCAAGAAAUACUAAUAGCCACCAUUUAUUAAGUGCCUACUGUAUGCCAGACUCUGAACUAGGUGCUUCAUAUUACAUUUUUCAAAUUCUCACAACCUGUGAGGUAGGUAUUUUAAUUCCCAUUUCAUAGAACCCCAAACUAAGUCUUAGUGUGUUUAAGUGAAGCACCUAAAGCUGUGUGGCUAGUGAGUCUUAGAGGCAGGGUGUGAUCCCAGAUCCCUCUGCUUUUGCUGCUAAGCCACACAUCCUCUGGUAUCAAAAACUUUCAAAAUGCGUAUCUAUUCUGAUUUACUUCAGGCUACCAAAAGCUUUAAUGAGAAUAUCUCAUUAGCAAAUGACUCAGUUAUCCUUGACACUCUCAGCGGUGAAUUUAAUCAAAUAUUCCUCUGUGCUGUGGAAAUGUUGCCAGUACAGUAUUGGUCUAGUGACAAGUUUUUAAUGGGUACUUUCAGAUGACCUAAAAGAGCAUAUGUAUAUGGUUUUCAGAUUGUUUAUUAUUUUAGGAAAACCUGAAGGUUUCCACAAUAUAUUGUUUCAGUGUUAGCAUAUUUAAAAUAAAGUGAAGGAAUCAAUACUGCAUGUGAACUGCUUCCUUGCUGGUGGGUUAAUGUGAAAAGACAGGUUGGCUGAUUGCUAGAACUCUGCCAGCCCUGGAAUAAUCUUCAGGUCCUGGUUACUGUUGAAACAUUCCACGGUGAUUCCUGGGAAGGAAGCUAGUCUGCUUGGCUGUCAGUGUCUGGGGUGAGAUGGUGUAUGGUGAGGGUAGUAUCAGUUGUGCUGUGGGGAAAUCUAUAACCACUCUAUACCCCAGACCAUUGCAUUGCCACCAAGUUUCAUACCAAAUAUUUGGAAAGAUGGUACUGAAUCUAAAACCAAAUCUUAGUUUUUAUUAAAUUCAUGGAAAGGCUAAUAUAGUCCAACAUAAUUAUUACAUGUAGUUAAAUAAUCACAUCUUAAUUUAUUUUAAUGUAAAUAUUUUUAUGUUAUUGUUCUGAGCCAAAUUCUAAAGAAAAAAUAAAUAUAUUUCCUUGUGGAAAUCCUA